GACCGCAGUGACUACGUGCUGGAGUACCGAGCUUGUGCCCCUACCUGGGCGCACUACGACCCGGAGGUGGGCUCCGCCCUGCGGGACUUUCAGGGUAGUUGGCCGCGCCGGGAGGAAGGCGCCUGGAAGCGUGUGCCCAACGUAGUCCGCCUCCAGCCAGGAACCGGGAACGAGGGCUCGCGGCAAGAUGCAUGCCCCGAACCUUCGCAGGCAAUCGUUGCCGCGCUUUUACCUGCACUGGGCCAGCCGCAUUCGGGGCGCAUGCCGGACGUAGUGAGGUUCCGGCUUUGCGCUUUGGACCGCGCCCGUGCGCACCCCUGCCGCUGGGCCGGUGGCAUGUCAGAGCCGCUGGCGGUAGCCUUUGCCCCACCCCGACGACCGCCUCGGAUCCAGCGCAUCCUCUCGGACGAGCGCUGGAACUUGAGUUUGACCAUCGAGCUCUUCUCCUCCUCGCCGCCGAACCCCACGCGUCGCCUCGGCCACAUGGUUCCGAAAGUUGGGCAAGUCAGGCUCAGCAGGGGCGAGUCGUGA